CAGUUGGCGCAGCGGGCGGCGCGGCCGAGGCUGAGGGAGCCCGGCGGCCGGGACGCACCAUGUGCGGCCGGCGGGGAGGCGGCGGCGGGGCCGCUCCCGUCCCUUCCCCACAUCGCCGCCGCUCCCUCCCGCCACGAGGCUCCGGGGGUUUUUUGGGGGGCGAGGCGCGGGCCGUGCCCGCCCGCGGGGGGUGCGGUGCCCGCGGGUGGUGGCGGGGCGCAGAUCGUACCAUGUGCGGCCGCCCCCCUGGCCGUGCACUGCGGAGAAUCCUCGCACGGCAAUAGCAGCCAGAUAAUAACAAUAUUAUUAGAGCCUGGGACCGAUAUAUUAUAGGCACAUAAAACACCCCCACCAUGUCGGUUGCCUUUGCUUCUGCUCGCCCAAGAGGCAAAGGGGAGGUCACCCAGCAAACUAUCCAGAAGAUGCUAGAUGAAAAUCACCACCUAAUACAGUGUAUUAUGGAUUAUCAGAGCAAGGGGAAAACUGCAGAAUGUACUCAAUACCAACAAAUCUUGCACAGAAACCUGGUUUACUUGGCAACAAUAGCAGACUCUAACCAGAAUAUGCAGUCCUUGCUUCCUGCUCCACCGACGCAAAAUAUAAACUUGGGCCCCGGAGGGAUGAGUCAGAGCGCAUCCAACCAAUCUCUCCAUUCCCAGAGCAAUCUCAGUGAUGCCAUUGGGACGGGCCUUCCUCCUUCCUCCCUCAUGCAGAGUCAGAUUAGCAAUGGUCCCAACCACGUGUCUAUGCAGCAGUCAGGCCAGAACACUAUGCCCACGACCUCUCUGAGUAUGACUGUCAGCAGUCAUGGGACUGGCCCUGGUUACAGCCACACAGUGCCUGCAUCUCAGAACGUGCCAAUGCAAGGCCAGGGGUCAAUAGGCAAUUAUGUCUCUCGAACAAACAUCAACAUGCAGUCUAACCCAGUCUCCAUGAUGCACCAGCAAGCAGCAACAUCACAUUACAACUCGGCACAAGGAGGGAGCCAGCACUACCAGGGACAGUCCUCCAUUGCCAUGAUGAGCCAGAGCAACCAAGGCAACAGCAUGAUGGGGCAGCGACCCAUGGGCCCUUACAGAGCAUCACAGCAAGGUUCCUCGCAGCAGUACAUGGGUCAGGAAGAAUAUUACAGUGAACAGUACAGCCAUGGCCAAGGCUCAUCAGAACCUAUGAAUCAGCAGUACUACCCAGAUGGACACAGUGAUUAUGCCUAUCAGCAGUCAUCCUACACUGAGCAGAGCUACGACCGGUCGUUUGAUGACUCCACACAACACUAUUAUGAAGGAGGAAAUUCUCAGUACAGCCAGCAGCAGGCAGGAUACCAACAGGGAGCUGCACAACAGCAAACAUAUUCCCAGCAGCAAUACCCAAAUCAACAGAGUUACCCAGGACAACAGCAAGGAUAUGGUCCUGCACAAGGAGCCUCUUCACAGUAUUCCAGCUACCAACAGGGACAGGGGCAGCAAUAUGGAAGUUACAGAGCUUCCCAGACAGGCCCAUCCGCUCAGCAACAGAGGCCUUAUGGCUAUGAGCAGGGACAAUAUGGAAAUUACCAGCAAUAAAGGAAUACGAUGCUGUGUCAGAUUUAUUUCAAUGGUAUCUUCUCCAUCUUUCGAACUGGAUGUACAGGCAGUUUUGAUUAAUUGUAAUAUGUUGGUUACCCCUUAGCACAAAGCAGCGUCUGUAUGUGAACAGUGUUCAUUUCAUGCUGGAUAUGAAGCAGUGCACUACUGGUAACAAGACAAUGCUUUAAUGGUUUGAUAUUUGGUGCUGUGUAUAGUACUGUAUGUUGAUACGACGCAGAAGUUUUUCAUUUACCCCCCCCCUUGCCCCAUUCUUGAUGUUUCUAAAUAGCUUUAGGAUCAUUUGAUCACAGUUGUGCCCCGUUCUGGAAAACAGCCAGGUUGUUCUGCAGUCUGGCUCAGUACAAAGCUCAUCACUCACAUCUCAGUCCAGGGAAGUUCACUGUGGUAGGUUAUUGAUCUUUUUCUAACUGAAUGCAUUGAAGAUUACCUGCCAGCCUCCAAAAUCCAUGGCUCUUAACUUCUUAAGAACAAGUGGAUGGAUACAUUCCUUUUAUAAAAACAGUUCUAUGCCAUCUGAUAAAAAUAAAAUUAACUGCAACUUCUGUAAUACCUACCUACCGAAACCUUAUAAUUCAGUAAUCUGCAUAAGUCCACAUUUCUGUUGUAAAAGGUACAGAAAGAGGACCUAAAACUAUGGUUGUGGAAAUGUUGAUCAUUAGAGGCACCUUUUAUCUGUCCGUGUAAACGGAGGUAUUUCUGUCGUGGAAAGAAAAAUAGAAGGGAGCUCUGGGAUCUUCAGUGUCCGCCUGCUCGACGUCAAUAUUGCUUCAUAUCGUGCUUAGCUGAGAAAAACAUCUGGCAAAAGUCCCGUCUUGAAUAUGCUACUCCAAAUUUUAUAACUUGGAUAUACAUUUUCACGCCAAAUUUCACAAGCAGGUGGCUGGCAUCCUUCUUUAGUUCUGGUUCUGCUGCCCUUGCUCAGAUCUCCCAGCAAGCAUUGUAACCGUAAAUGUUGUCGGAUUUGUUGGUCUGUUGUUCUUACAGUUCAUCAUCACCUUUAUUUUCCUCUUGUAGCUUGACAGAAAUCAUUCAGAAGUAAAAGAAAAAAAAAUCCAUCUUUAUUGCAGAUGAGCAACUAAAUUCAGCUUUAAUUGUGAAACACUAUUAUGCAUAUGGAGAGGGGAGCUAUUAAUGGGGUCAACCAGUGAGGGAAUACUUAUAGAGGGAGAAUUUAGAGAUAAAAACUAGUGGUAUGUAAAAAUCAGUAUGAACAAUGUAAGUCGCUUCUAUUCAGUUUUAUAUGUUCUUAUAAAGUGUUGAUAAAAAAAAAAAAGAAGCACUUUUAAAGUGCUUAUGUAAGUGUUGAACAAAAUACUGUGUCCAAAUUUGUCUGAGGCAAAAAGCUGGGGUGACUGUACCCCACGAGCAUUUUUUAAUAUGAGAUUAACUGCAAAUUUGCAAUCUAGAGUAAUCUCUGUAGGAUUUUCUCCUUGUUCUUUGUCUGAACUGGUAUAUUUAUGGGAUUUCAAGUUCAAGUACUUUAUAUUUUUAAAAACCAAGACCACAAGAAAAACAGAACAUCUCUCAAUUCAUUACUUUUUUUCCUUUAUAGGAAAGUCUUUAACUGGACAACCGAAGAGUUUACUGUUAAAUGUUGUCCAAGCACUGCCCUUCCUAUGUUAAUAAUUUCAAUUACUGGUAAAAUAGAAGACAUUUUUUUAGUCAGUCCUCAUUUCUCUCAUCUUUCCUGCUGGUGUUUUCAUACAAAUAAGUACUCUCAAAUAGCAAUGAACAGAAAGGAAGUGAGAUUGUUUUCCUUAUAAUAUUUAAUAUUAUAGGUAGCCAGAAGAAUGCAAUAUUGCUCUUUGCCAGCUUGGAAAUAUGCCUUUUAUGUGGUUUUUGAAAGUGCUGAAAUGCUUUUGAGAGAAUAUAAACAACACUUAAACUGAAACAGCAACAUUACAUCAAUCUGAAAUGUCUUACAUUAAGAACUUCGUGAAUGUUGUGUAUAUAAUGUAUUUGAAAGAGCACUUUGGAAAUAGUUUGUACAUUUAUUUCCUAAUUUAUACAUGAUUUUUAGUGUUAAUAUUUCUAAUUGUUAAUAACAAAAUGUUUAUUUAAUGUGUUGUCCAUUUUUAUGUAUUAAUGUGGAAACAAAGUGAUGCCAGCAUUUUGACUUCUUCCAUGAAUUGUAUCAUUUUCUGUUUUGUAAUACGAAAUGCUUGAAAACUGUUUAAGUUAAAUAUUAUCUGAAAAUGAA